GUCCAAUGGUUGUUCCCCGUGGACUGUUAGUAUAUUGGACAAGGAUUUAAUGUUUGCCGUCUUGAACCACCGCGGCAAUGAGAAGAACAGCUCGAUGUAUGAAUCCUUCACUAGUUUAGUGACCUUGGGGAUGAAAUCUUCAUAAACGCGUUCAGUUUCCAUGGUCCCUGUUGAGAGUUGUGAUGAACUCGAUUUCUCAACCAGGCUCUGAUACCAAAUGAUAGAACCUGGGAUUAGGGUUCUAUCGGGAAUUGGAGAUUUAGGGAUUAAGAACAAAAUUAGGGAUUUGAGAAGAGAAAGGUAGAGAAUCGGCCUAAGCCUUUAGAGGGAUUGAGACGAGAAUUGAGAGGAUUGGGAGAGUAGGGUUUUGGAGAGGGUUUCUUAAUAUUCUGCUUUUCUCAUUCUGAAUAAAACGCAAAGUACAUAUUUAUAACGAAAGACUGGAAAAACCUAAUAGACUAUCCUAAUAUGACUCAAUGACUACUACCAUAAUUAAUAAUGUCAUAAUUAUAGUAAUUAUGAUAAUUACGAAUAAACCCGGAAAUUGGGUUUCUAUCAUCUUUGAAAUUGAGUUCUGCAGUUUCUGAUAUUUCUAGAUGCUAAUCUCCUUAGUUCCAGCCGAUUGCUGAGAUGGCGAUGUCAUUUGAGGAAUUACUUUGCAUGCCUAUAUUGUUUAGGUUUAAUGAACUAGUAGCUUUCCACAGUUUCCAUUAUGAUAUGAAGUAGCCUAGUUUAUCUGAAACCUGGACUGUUUUUUUCUUUUUUCUUUUUGAAAGUUAAACCUGGAUUAUGUAUCAUCACAAUGGAUGGCGAUGUCAUCUGAGGAAUGACUUUGCAUGCCAACGGAUUCUCUUUCUGGUGGUUGUGAACCAUGUUACUUUGCUUCAGUAACUUGGAUUUCCAAUCAUCUUAGUUUUUUUUUAUCUCUCUGUUCCCAGCAUCAAUUGUUAACCUUCAUUUUUAUUGUUUCAGUGCUUGUGUCUCACACUAGCCGCACAAUCCAGGUUCUCUGAGGGUGAAAUACAGACAUUUAUGUCGGUUGAUGCUGAUCGGACGGUCAACUUAUGCAAUAGCUUCCAUGAUAUAUGGAGCUUACCUUUACAGAUUGGAGUGGCUUUGUAUCUCUUGUAUACCCAAGUCAGAUUUGCCUUUCUUGCUGGACUUGCAAUAACCAUCCUAUUGAUACCAGUGAAUAAGUGGAUCUCUGAGCUCAUUGCAAAUGCUACGGAGAAAAUGAUGAAGCAAAAGGAUGAAAGGGUUAGACGAACUGGAGAAAUUUUAUCACAUAUUCGCACUUUAAAGAUGUAUGGCUGGGAACAGCUCUUCUCCAAAUGGGUGAUGGAGACAAGAAUGUUGGAAGUGAAGCACCUAGCUACAAGGAAGUAUCUGGAUGCAUGGUGCGUUUUCUUUUGGGCUGCAACACCUACUCUUUUCUCCCUGUGUACUUUUGGACUUUUCAGUCUGAUGGGGUAUCAACUAGAUGCUGCAACGGUCUUCACUUGUCUCGCUCUGUUUAACAAUUUAAUAUCUCCUCUAAACUCAUUCCCAUGGGUCAUUAAUGGAUUAAUCGAUGCCUUCAUAUCAACCAGAAGGCUGAGCAGGUUUCUUCGAUGUUCAGUUAGCAAACAUGAGGAUAAUGUUAUAUCGCCAGGUGAUGCCUCGAAUAUCAGCCCUAAAGAUAUGGCUGCCGUUAUGAAUGAUGCAUGUUGUGCUUGGUCGAGUAGUGAUGAUAAGCUGCAGAGCACAGUUCUGAAUCAUAUGAACUUAAUCCUCCCAAAGGGUGCAGUGAUUGCAGUCACUGGAGAGGUUGGUUCUGGUAAGUCGUCAUUGUUGUGUGCUAUAUUAGGAGAAAUGAAGCUCAUAAAGGGCUCCAUACAUUCCAGUGGAUCUGUAGCAUACGUACCUCAGGUCCCAUGGAUUUUAGCAGGAACAAUUCGUGACAACAUUUUGUUUGGAAGAAAUUAUGAUUCAGAACGAUACUUGAACACUAUAAAAGUUUGUGCACUGGAUAUUGAUAUUUCACUAAUGGCUGGAGGUGAUAUGGCUUAUAUUGGAGAGCAAGGUGUAAACUUAUCGGGUGGGCAGAGGGCUCGUCUUGCUUUAGCAAGGGCCAUUUACCAAGGGUCUGAUCUAUAUCUGCUAGACGAUGUCCUUAGUGCUGUCGAUGCUCAUGUUGCUAGGUGGAUUUUGCAAAAUGCUAUUCUUGGCCCUCUCAUGAGUCAAACAACUCGCAUCCUUUGUACUCAUAAUGUUCAGGCUAUAUCAUCUGCUGAUUUGGUUAUUGUGAUGGACAAAGGAGGAGUGAGAUGGACAGGAAGUUCAGUUGACUUGGUAGCUUCAUCACAUUCUUCCUUCUUUCAACAGAAUGAGUUUGAUGCUUUGUGUAGUGUUCAACAAGAACUCGGCCUCGAUAAUUCCAUCCAUGGCAGGGAAAAUAAAGAACAUACACAUUCAACUGAAGUAGUAGAAGAGAUCAUUGAAGAAGAGCAAAGAAAAGAGGGCAGAGUUGAAAUUUCUGUGUACAAGAACUAUGCUUCAUAUGCUGGUUGGUUUAUCACAUUCGUGAUAUGUCUUUCGGCUAUCUUAAUGCAAGCAACACGGAAUGGAAAUGACCUAUGGCUGUCAUAUUGGGUUGAUACAACAGGAACCAGUCAAACAGGAUUUUCAACGUCUUUCUAUCUGGUUGUUCUCUGCAUAUUUUGUGCAGCAAAUUCCUUUCUGACACUAGUGAGAGCAUUUUCAUUCGCAUUUGGUGGGCUACAAGCCGCAGUUCAGGUGCACAAUAGAUUGCUUGAUAAGCUUAUCGACGCUCCCGUACAGUUCUUUGAUCAAACACCAAGUGGAAGAAUUCUUAACAGAUUCUCUUCAGAUCUUUAUACGAUUGACGACUCUCUCCCAUUCAUGCUCAACAUUCUUGUUGCCAAUUUUGUUGGCCUCUUGGGAAUAGCAGCCGUUUUGUCAUAUGUGCAGGUUUUCUUCUUGCUUCUUGUGUUGCCAUUUUGGUUUAUCUACAGCAAGCUACAGUUCUUCUACAGAUCAACAUCAAGAGAAUUGCGAAGGCUUGACAGUGUUUCUCGAUCCCCUAUAUAUGCUACCUUCACAGAGACACUCAAGGGGUCAUCCACGAUAAGAGCAUUUAAGUGUGAGGAAUUUUUCCAGCAAAAAUUCACGGAGCAUGUGACAUUGUAUCAGCGAACAUCUUACUCAGAGACAAUAGCAAGUUUGUGGCUGUCAUUACGUCUACAGUUGAUAGGAGCAUUUAUAGUCACCUUUGUUGCGGUGAUGGCUGUUGCUGGGUCCAGAAGCUAUUUGCCAGUUGAUUUUGGCACUCCUGGACUGGUUGGUUUGGCUCUUUCUUAUGCUUCUCCAAUCGUAUCCUUGCUGGGAAACUUCCUAACAAGUUUUGCCGAAACUGAAAAGGAAUUGGUUUCUGUCGAGAGAGCUCUUGAGUACAUGGACAUCCCACAAGAAGUGGUGGAAGAAUCCAAAGCUCUGGAUCCACAUUGGCCAUUUCGAGGGAUGAUCGAAUAUAAGAACGUGACAAUGAGAUACAUGCCCACUUUGCCACCUGCACUACGUGAUGUCACGUUCACAAUUGCAGGAGGAACCCAGGUGGGAAUCAUUGGAAGAACAGGUGCUGGCAAAUCUAGCAUCCUGAAUGCCCUUUUCCGCCUUUCACCUUUAAGCAGUGGUUGCAUUCUGGUCGAUGGGCUUAACAUAGUUGAUGUGCCUGUCAGAGAUUUGCGUUCACGCUUAGCUGUUGUUCCUCAAACCCCCUUCUUGUUUCAAGGGUCAUUAAGGGAUAAUCUUGACCCUCUUGAUAAAAGCAAUGAUACUACAAUGUGGGAAAUCCUGGAGAAAUGCCAUGUGAAGGAUGAAGUAGAAGCAGCUGGGGGAUUGGACAUCCAGGUUCAAGAAUCCGGAACCUCGUUCUCUGUUGGACAAAGGCAGCUGCUUUGUCUCGCCCGAGCUCUUCUCAAGUCCUCCAAGGUACUAUGUUUGGACGAGUGCACUGCCGAUGUGGAUGCACAGACAGCAAGGCUACUCCAGAACACAAUCUCCAGUGUAUGCAGAGGGAUGACAGUGGUCACAAUCGCACAUCGGAUCUCGACAGUACUGGACAUGGAUGACAUACUCAUCCUUGAACAGGGGAAGCUGGUGGAGCAGGGGAAUCCACAAGUUCUUCUGGCAGAUCCUUCCUCCAAAUUCUCGAGCUUUGCCAAAGCCUCUACCAUGUAAGCAUUCUUAGGCAUCGGCAAGGGCUUUUGCCUAGUAUGUCGAAGGCUUUUGCCUUGUUAUUGUAGUUUAGUUGGUCACUGGACUUCAUGUAGUACUUAGAAAUCUCAUUUCCUCUGCCCUUUGCUUGGGAAAGAAGAAACCAUUCUGCAUAAAGUAGGUUACAGGUA